AUGAACGACUUACCAUUACUACCUGGUAAUCGUUUUUCAGAUGUAACGUGUACUAAUUUUAUAGUUCCACGUACAUUAUCUUUUAAAAAUGGUCAUAGAAUUAUUCGUUUACCUCGAUUUGGUAUCGGUCAAACAUACAAGCCGAAUGUUCAAUUAACUGAAGAUGAACGUGAAAUAUUGACUAAUUUUCAACCUGAACUUAUCUAUGGUAAAGUAAAAGUACAAGAACCUCGAAAAUUUGUACCAGCUACUGUUUUUUAUGAUAAAAAAGUACUUCGAUUUUAUGGUUAUUUUAAACAAACAGUUUAUGAAAGUCCACUUGAAUAUUAUCGUGUACGACGAGUUAUUAUUUAUUAUUAUCUCGAAGAUGAUACUAUUUCUGUUUAUGAAAUUCCUUAUAAAAAUAGUGCACUUAAUCAAGGUUUGCGUGUUCGCCGUCAUCGAGUUUCUAAAAAUGAUCAGAAUGAAUCAUAUAAUUGGCGUGAUUUAAACAUAGGACAAAAUCUAGCUAUUUAUGGGACUAUUUAUCGAUUAUGUGAUUGUGAUCAAUUUACGAGAGAAUGGCUUGAAAGUGAAGGUAUUGAAUUACAAUGUUCUGAAUUAAUUCCAUCGGAUCCUUAUACAUUAAAAUUAAUGGAAAAAAAUGAAAUAGAAAAACAACGAACUGGUCAUAGUGAUUUGAAAGAUAUUUUACCAGAUCUAUUGACAAAACAAUCGAUUGUUGGCAAUAAACAAUUUAAUACUAUGGAUGGAAAAGUUUUACGAUUUUAUGCUGUACUUGAUGAUCAAGGUCAACAAUGUGAAAUUAUGAGAAAAUUUAUUAUUCAUUUUUAUUUAGUUGAUCAUACCAUAGAAAUAAGAGAAACUCAUCAAGCUAAUGAUGGUUAUGAUCCAAUAGGAAUUUAUCUUCAUCGACAAAUCGUACCUAAAGAUUCAACAUAUAAUAUCAAAUCAUAUGUAAAUCUUUUUAUUAAUAAACAUGAACAAGAAAAGAUAUGUUACUUGAAACCAGAAGAUUUCGCUAUUGGUAGACGUAUAACAAUAUUCAAUCGUAGUUUUUUUCUACAUGAUUGUGAUAUAUUUACAAAAAGUUUUUAUCAUCAAAAUUUUGGUCAAUUUGAUUUUACACCAAUUGAUAUUAAUAUGAAAAGAUAUAUUAAACCAUCUAUUCAAUUACCUCCUGUACCACCACAUAUUAUGUUUGGUAAACCAGAAGAUACAAUACAAAAUGUAAAAAAUCUAAUACCAAAACCAUUAAAAAGAGAUCGAAUUAAAUUAAUGGAAAAUGAGCAUCGUGUAUUACGUUAUGAAGCAGUAAUGGAAUCAGUUAAUGAAACAGAUGUUCAACGAAAAUUUCUCAUUGUUUAUCGACUUGCUGAUGAUCUUAUUUCUGUUUAUGAAAAACCACUUGAUGGAUAUGGCUGUUUAACGAGAAAAUUUCUUGAACGUAUUCGAAUACCUAAACCAGGUUUUUUUUCUGUUUCCUUUUUUUACAUUAAUUUCAGCUGUUUUCCUACAUUGCAAGAUAGUCAUCCUGAUGCACCUAUUUAUUAUGGACCAAAUGAUUUUUAUAUUGGUGCUCGAAUAGAAUUAUUCAAACAUCGUUUCGUAAUUAUUGAUGCUGAUCGUUAUGUAUUAAAAUUUAUUGAAGAAAAUCAACAACAAUUUUCACAACAUGUAAUUGAUUCACUUCGAAAAAAACUUUGUUUAAAUAAUGAAAAAGAUGAACAAAAUAUUUUAUCAUUUCCAACACCAAUUCGUCGUACUUCUAAAUCGACAUCAUGUUUACCUAAUGCAUGUAUAACUGAUUCUACUUUUUGCUUUUGUGGUGUUGAAGAAAACUCAAAUGAUUCAUGUUGUAAAUUGAACUGUAGACUUUGUUCAACUAAUUUUACUAUUCCAUCAAUGAUAUUUGAUAUUGGCCCAUUAAACUUUUUUCCAUUAAAUUCAUUCAAUUUUAGUGAAUUAAAUUUUUCAUUUCUUGGUCAACGUUAA